GUGCUGUGAUUUGUCAUCUUGCAGAUGAACUAUGAAGACUUUUGCCAUAUUGCAUCUGUGUGUACAGAGCAAAUAGGCCCUAAAUGUCGACGCUUCUUCAGCCCUUCAAACUUCAUGAAGUUUGAGAAAGAUGAGUCAGGAAGGAUUGCCAUUUUGCCCUUUUAUUUAUAUGUUAUGCGGACCGUGAGUGAUUUAUUGAUAUUAGUGUACUAUAUACUACUGUUAUCCCUUCAUAAUUUUUUAUAUCCUUGGGUUGGCUACUUUAGGAUAGUGGGUAUUUGAGCACCUAAGAAAUUAACAUAGAAUAGAAAUGUAUACAUUAAGAAAAUCAGGGUUGAACAAUUUUUGUUAAUGAAUUUUUCCUUACACUGCCCACUGGAAUCUGGAUGUGAUUCCUUUUUGCUCCUUAUUUUGUUGAUUGAUGAUGCAAUUCCUUGAUUGCUGCUUAUGGUUCAUUGUUCUUCAGGUUUCACUUACACAGGCCAGAAUUGACAUGAGUGAGCUUGAUGAGGAUUCAGAUGGUUUCCUCCAACCUCAUGAAAUGGAGGCCUAUAUACGAGGCCUUAUUCCCAAUCUGGCACAACUGCGGGACAUGCCUGGACCCUUUGUUCAGAUGUACUGCCGCAUAGCUGCACACAAGUUCUUCUUCUUUUGUGAUCCACAUAGACGAGGAAAAGCAUGCAUAAAGAAGGUGCUUCUGAGUAACUGUCUCCAGGAGCUAAUGGAACUGCACCAGGAAAGUGAGGAAGAAGUCACUGACACUGAACAAGCUGAAAAUUGGUUUUCUUUGACAUCUGCACAACGCAUAUGUGAUAUGUUUCUUGCUCUUGAUAAAGAUCAAAGUGGAACAUUAAGCAAGCAGGAGCUCAAAGAAUAUGCAGAUGGGACACUUACUGAGAUUUUCAUUGAAAGAGUAUUCGAUGAGCAUGUUCGGCGUGGCAAAAGUGGUGGACCAAAUUCUAGAGAGAUGGACUUUGAAAGUUUUCUUGACUUCGUGUUGGCCCUAGAAAACAAAGACACUCCUGAAGGGUUAACAUAUUUGUUUCAUUGUCUUGAUCUUCAUGGUCGGGGAUACCUAACUACAGCUGAUAUCCAUUCUCUUUUCAGAGAUGUUCACCAGAAAUGGAUUGAAGGUGGGAACUAUGAAUUAUGUAUUGAGGACGUGAGAGAUGAAAUAUGGGAUAUGGUCAAGCCAGCUGACCCGCUUACGAUUACAUUGGCUGACCUGCUAUCCUGUAAACAAGGUGGGACGGUGGCUAGCAUGCUCAUAGAUGUGCGUGGAUUUUGGGCUCACGACAAUAGGGAAAAUCUUCUCCAGGAGGAAGAACCAGAGGAGGAAUAAUGACAAUAACAUGUAUUAUAUUGGCCGUAUAUGUACUUGCCUAAAACGUAAUGAAUUGUAGGAUAACAUGUAUUGUAUUGGAGUUUCAUACUCCUAUACAAGCGUUGGUUGCAUUCCAUUGAAUUGUAUUAUUAUGCAGCUUUCCUGCUAAUUUCAAUGAAAUAUGUUGUUUGUAUUUGUUAAUUGUUACUGAUGUUUAG